AUGAUACAGAAAAGCGCCUGUCUUUCGUGUCGCACGGCCAAAAUUCGCUGCGUGCUGGAUACCUUUGCCCAACAUGGCAAAUGCAAGCGGUGCUUCAACGCCAACAAUGAAUGUGUGUUCAGCACCAUUGCGCCAAGGCAAAGGAGAAAAAGAACUGAUACGCGCGUGACGGUAUUAGAGAAGCGGCUCUCAGAGCUGCAAGCAGCCGUGGAUUUGCAAAAGCUGGCGCAGGAUGAUGGUGACGCGCAUGUCACCGCCAGCGAGAUUGCGCUUGCGCCACCGCCAGGAUAUCGCGAUGAAAAUAGGAUAGCAGUUGGUGCUGAAAGAUAUCCGCUCGAUAGAGAAGAUGAAAGCUCAUUUCACGAUCUUCGCCACGAGUCAUCCUUAGAAAGGCUUCUUGCUUCAGGGCUGCUGUCAACAGACACCGCUAUACGUCUUUUCAACGACUUCAUCAACGAUGUCUUACCGCAAUAUCCCAUCUUGACAUUAUCCAGAGCCGAGAACUUUGAUUGGUUCAGAGCACACCAGCCUACGUUACUACUUGCCAUUAUCGCUGCUGCCUGCAGAGCAUCCAACCCAAGCCUCUUCCGAAAGCUCAGUGUCCAUUUACGAGGGGACCUAUCAGAGCAGGUCAUGGUCCAGGGGAACAGAUCUAUUGAACUGGUCCAGGCUGUUUUAGUAAUGGUGGAGUGGUACGAUGUGCCUGAGGACUUGACACGCCUGAACUUCUACGCAUGGAUCCAGACCGCAGGUCUCAUGGUACGCGAGCUGGGUCUUUGGCCAUGGAGCGAGGACACCAAUUCAUCGGUGGGUCUUACCAUGGCCCAGUGGCGCAUUUCGUUCGCUACCUAUCUACCUUUGUCAACUGCUGCUGUCAGCCUACGUCGACCCAUGCCGUUAGUAUGGACUGAGAGCACGCGCAAUGGUGUGGAUGUCUUUGAGAAGAACAGUGUGCUUGAUAAUGACAAACGAUUGGCUGCAUGGGUAAGAUUGCAGAUGAUAGCGGAAGAGGUCGAGGCAUUAAGGGUCAAAGCAUCAUUGGCGGCCAAGGUGCAAGGCGAAGCUGAUCCUUCCGGCCUCGUUGAUCAGCACACUCUGUCGUCUCUGGAAAGCAGGUUUAGUAGAUGGCGAGAUAAUCAUCAGCUUGUUUUCAAUGGCUCACUCCGCAUGCACUUCUUUUACUGCCGCAUUAAGUUCUACGAGCUGGCUGUGACCUGCAGCCCGUUCCGAUCAUCACACCCAAAGUCACAGCCACCGUCCUUGGCACUAGCUAGGGAUAUGACUUACGUUCGGACUAUCAUGUCUUUGAUACAGUCCAGCCACUCAGCUCUGGAUACAUUAGUACUUUUUGACACGGCAACAUACCGCUGCUGUCCCACAGUCGUUAGUGUCCGGGCUCUUUACGCGCUACAAGAGUUAUUCACCAUAUGGAAGGCUGUUCGCAGCCGCCAGGGAUACCUCUCCGAGUUUGUGACUGAAGAGGUGCUGGCCCUCAAAUUCUACGCCAGGCAGACGGAGGAUUUUUUCAAACAGGUAGUCGGGGCAGAAGGAUUUGGUGUUCCUCGGAUGGCGUUGAAGACGCUGCCUAAUCUUUUGUUCUCUUUGGACGAUAUUAAAAACCACGAGAGAGAGCGUCAGGUACAGCAGCCGGAACGUUUUAGCCAGGAUGAUUCACCCCGAGCCACAGCCGACUCGCCAAGCCCGUCGGCCAAUGAUCUCGAAGAAAUAUUGAUUAUUGAUUUGGGCGAGAUCCAAGCGCCUUCGGUAAGUCAGAGUCGAGACCAGGUCCAGGAUGAUACAAGAGCGGAUGCAGCACUGGAGUGGCCAGUCACAGAGCCUGGUAAUGGCGACUUCAAUGUUACGCUGGAGGAUGCGCUUUUGGUGCCCGAACUGGGGACACUGAUAGCGCCAGAUUCGGUGUUGGACCCAAGCUGGCUGUUUUCCGAGUAA